AUGGCUGCUGCUGUAGAUGGAAACCAGAUCCACGAGGAUGCUGUGCCUUCAAGAGUAUCAGGCGUUCAGAUCAUCGGCAACACGGCUGCUACCAUCUUGAGUCUGGUACCUGAUGUUGUUCACAAAGUCCAAGCCUUGGAGUCUCUGGAUUCUGUGAGCUGCUUAGCUGGGCAGGAAAGACUGCUGGGGUCAAAUAACCCCAGCAAGGGGAGUGUCCAGUCUGCUUUUGCAGAUCUCCCGGGGAAUAUGUUUGAUUUGGUGGAGAGCAAGAGACCCGGAGAGGAGUGUGCUCUGUCACUGCAGUACUUGUAUGGUAUCUUUGCUCCUGUGAAUGGCACGAAUUGUUCUGACCCCUCCUUUUUAAUUUUUUUUUGUCCCCUCCUCUGCAGGAUCCGUCCUCAGCUGUCAAAGGAGAAGAUUGAAGGAUGCCACAUUUGCACCUCAGUAACGCCAGGGGAGCCCCAGGUGUUGCUGGGAAAGGACAAGGCCUUCACCUAUGACUUUGUCUUUGACCUGGACACGUGGCAGGAACAGAUCUAUACUACUUGUGUUGGCAAGCUCAUAGAGGGCUGCUUUGAAGGCUACAAUGCAACUGUGCUGGCAUAUGGACAGACCGGCGCUGGUAAGACAUACACAAUGGGCACUGGCUUUGACAUGAACAUUUCUGAUGAGGAGCAGGGGAUAAUCCCACGUGCUAUCUCCCACCUCUUCAGCGGCAUUGAGGAGCGCAAGCGGGCAGCACAGGAGCAAGGCGUGGCAGCCCCGGAGUUCAAAGUCAGCGCUCAAUUUCUAGAGCUGUACAAUGAGGAGAUCUUGGACCUAUUUGACAGCGCCAGGGACCCUGACUCCCGCCACCGGAAAUCCAACAUCAAAAUCCACGAGGAUCCUAAUGGUGGGAUCUACACAACUGGUGUCACCUCACGCCUCAUCAACACACAGGAUGAGCUGAUCCAGUGCCUGAAGCAGGGGGCUCUGUCCCGCACAACAGCCAGCACCCAGAUGAAUGUCCAGAGCUCCCGUUCCCAUGCUAUCUUCACCAUCCACUUGUGCCAGAUGAGAGUCUGUGCCCGCCCAGACCUGGUGAAUGGGGAAGUGAUCUGCCCCCAAGACGGACCCCAGCCCACCAACGAAUAUGAGACCCUCACUGCCAAGUUCCAUUUUGUUGACCUGGCUGGCUCAGAGAGGCUGAAGCGGACGGGUGCUACUGGCGAGAGAGCCAAGGAAGGGAUCUCCAUCAACUGUGGUCUGCUGGCCUUGGGAAAUGUCAUCAGUGCCCUCGGAGACCAGAGCAAGAAAGUGGUGCAUGUGCCCUACCGAGACUCCAAGCUGACUCGACUCCUCCAGGACUCCCUUGGGGGGAACAGCCAAACCGUCAUGAUUGCUUGUGUGAGCCCCUCGGACCGGGACUUCAUGGAGACCCUGAAUACACUCAAGUAUGCCAACCGGGCCCGCAACAUCAAGAACAAGGUGGUGGUGAAUCAGGACAAGACCAGCCAGCAGAUCAGCGCCCUGAGGGCUGAGAUCGCCCGUCUCCAAAUGGAGCUCAUGGAGUACAAAGCGGGUAAGCGCGUCAUUGGGGAGGACGGCUCUGAGGGCUACAGUGACCUGUUCCAUGAGAACGCCAUGCUCCAGAAAGAGAACAACACUCUGCGCAUGCGGGUGAAAGCCAUGCAGGAGGCCAUAGAUGCCAUCAACAACAGGGUCACCCACUUGAUGAGCCAGGAGGCCAAUCUGAUCCUGGCCAAGGCAGGUGACGGCAAUGAGGCCAUUGGUGCCCUGAUCCAGAACUACAUCCGGGAGAUCGAGGAACUCAGGACAAAGCUCUUGGAGAGUGAGUCCAUGAACGAGUCUCUCCGCCGCAGCCUGUCCCGUUUUUCCUCGCGGCCCCCAUACUCCCUGGGGUCAUCUCCAGGGCCAGGCCUGGGUGUGGUAAGCAGCCCUAUUGCUUCUGUGGAGACAGAGGCCUCUGAUGUCCUCCGACGGGCCAAGCAGGACCUGGAACGGCUGAAGAAGAAGGAGAAGAGGCAGCAGCGGAAAAGCCCUGAGAAGGAGGCAUUUAAGAAGAGGCAGAAGCUACUUCAGGAGAAUGGGGAGGAGACGGAUGAGAAUGAAGCGGAGGAGGAGGAGGAAGAGCGAGAUGAAAGUGGCUGUGAGGAAGAGGAUGGGCGUGAAGAUGAGGACGAGGAUUCAGGCAGUGACGAGAGCCUGGUGGACUCUGAUUCUGAUGUGGAGGAGAAGGCAGUGAAUUUCCAAGCUGACCUGGCUGACCUGACCUGUGAGAUUGAGAUCAAGCAGAAGCUGAUAGAUGAGUUGGAGAACAGCCAGCGGCGCCUGCAGACUCUCAAGCAUCAAUACGAGGAAAAGCUGAUCCUGCUACAGAACAAGAUCCGGGACACCCAGCUGGAGAGGGACCGGGUCCUGCAGAACCUCAGCACCAUGGAGUGCUACACAGAGGAGAAGGCCAAUAAGAUCAAGGCCGACUAUGAGAAGCGGCUGAAGGAGAUGAACCGGGACUUGCAGAAGCUGCAAGCAGCCCAGAAGGAGCACGCCCGCCUGCUCAAGAACCAGUCCCGCUAUGAGAGGGAGCUGAAGAAGCUGCAGGCUGAGGUGGCAGAGAUGAAGAAAGCAAAGGUGGCACUGAUGAAGCAGAUGCGGGAGGAGCAGCAGCGGAGGCGGCUGGCAGAGACCAAGAGGAACAGGGAGAUUGCCCAGCUGAAGAAGGAGCAGCGCAGGCAGGAGUUUCAGAUUCGGGCUCUGGAGUCUCAGAAACGCCAGCAGGAAAUUGUGCUGCGAAGAAAGACUCAGGAGGUCUCAGCCCUGCGUCGCCUGGCCAAACCUAUGUCGGACCGGGUCGCUGGGAGGACAGGUCAUAAGCUGGCGGUGCUGGACUCGGGGGUAGAGGUUUCCGCCAGCACCACUUCAUCAGAACCGGAGUCCGGGUCACGCUCUGUCUCCAGCAUCGUGCGCCAAUGGAACCGGAAAAUCAACAACUUCCUGGGAGACCCUUCACCCUCCCUGAAUGGCGCUCGGCCUGUCAGGAAGAAGUUCCCAAAGAAGGGGAUGAGCCAGACCUUCAACAAGGCGGCUCGGCUCAAGUGGCAGUCAUUGGAGCGGCGCAUCUUUGACAUUGUCAUGCAGAGGAUGACCAUCGUCAACCUGGAGGCUGACAUGGAGCGCUUGAUCAAGAAACGGGAGGAACUGUCCCUGUUGCAAGAGGUACUGCUGGGGAAGAGGGAGAAGCUGCAGGCUGAGAGUCCUGAGGAGCAGAAGGGCCUGCAGGAGCUGAAUGAGGAGAUUGAGGCACUGACAGCCAACAUAGACUACAUCAACGACAGCAUCUCUGACUGCCAGGCCACUAUCAUGCAGAUCGAGGAGACCAAGGAAGAGCUGGACUCGAUUGACACUUCUGUGGUGAUCAGCUCGUGCUCCUUGGCUGAGGCACGUCUCCUGCUGGACAACUUCCUCAAGGCCUCAAUUGAUAAGGGGCUGCAGGUGGCUCAGAAAGAAGCCCAGAUCCGCCUGCUGGAGGGGCGCCUGAGGCAGACGGACGUGACCAGCUCCUCUCAGAACCACGUGAUCCUGGACGCCUUGCGGGAGAAGGCAGAGUCUCAUCCUGAGCUGCAGGCACUCAUCCACAAUGUGCAGCAAGAGAAUGGCUAUGCCAGCACAGAUGAGGAGAUCUCGGAGUUCAGCCUGGCCUCAGAGGGGAGCUUCUCCCAGUCUUUCUCCAUGAAGGGCUCGGCCAGCCAGGAUGACUUCAAGUUUAAGGGAGAACCCAAGCUCUCGGGACAGAUGAAGGCUGUGUCAGCUGAGUGCCUGGGGCCCACACUGGACAUCUCCACCAAGAACAUCACCAAGUCCUUGGCAUCCCUCAUGGAGAUUAAGGAGGAUGGGAUUGGCUUCUCCAUCCAGCAUCCCUACUACAAAGAGAAGGUGUCCCGCACCAUCAGCCUGCCCACCCGUGGGAGCACCUUCCCAAGGCAGUCUCGCGGCUCUGACACCUCACCUCUGACCAGGAGAAAAUCCUAUGACCGUGGACAGCCUGUCAGGACUUCGGACGUUGGCUUCACUCCUCCCUCAUCCCCUCCCACCAGGCCACGAAAUGACCGCAAUGUCUUCUCCCGCCUCACGAGCAGCCAGAGCCAGGGGUCUGCUCUGGACAAGUCUGAUGACAGCGAUUCCUCUGUCUCGGAGGUGCUGAGGGGCAUCAUUAAUCCAGUGGGUGGUGCCAAGAGUGCCCGGACAGCCCCACUGCAGUGCGUCUCCAUGGCAGAGGGACACACCAAGCCUGUUCUCUGCCUGGAUGCCACCGAUGAGCUGCUCUUCACUGGAUCCAAAGACCGGAGCUGCAAAAUGUGGAACCUGGUGACAGGCCAGGAAAUCGCCUCCUUGAAGGGCCACCCCAACAACGUGGUGUCCAUCAAGUACUGCAGCCACACGGGGCUGGUGUUCACAGUGUCCACCUCCUACAUCAAGGUGUGGGACAUCCGGGACUCUGCCAAGUGCAUCCGCACGCUCACAUCUUCGGGCCAGGUGAUCUCUGGAGAUGCCUGUGCCAGUACCACCACUCGUACCAUCACCAGCGUACAGGGGGAACACCAAAUCAACCAGAUCGCACUCAACCCCACCGGCACCAUGCUCUAUGCAGCCACAGGCAACUCUGUCCGCAUUUGGGAGCUGAGCAGAUUGCAGCCUAUCGGGAAGCUGACCGGGCACAUUGGGCCCGUGAUGUGUCUCACGGUGAAUCAGACUGCAAGCAACCAUGACUUGGUCGUCACUGGAUCCAAAGACCACUAUGUCAAGGUGUUUGAGAUUGCGGAAGGCAUGGUAGGUAACAUCGGCCCUACUCAUAACUUUGAGCCUCCCCACUACGACGGCAUCGAAUGUCUAGCCAUCCAGGGAGAUGUCCUCUUCAGCGGCUCCAGAGACAACGGGAUAAAGAAAUGGGACUUGGAGCAGCAGGAGCUCACCCAGCAAAUCCCGAAUGCACACAAGGACUGGGUUUGUGCCCUGGCUUUUGUCCCUGGCCGCCCCAUGCUGCUGAGUGCCUGCCGCGGAGGCCUGGUGAAGGUCUGGAACGUGGAUAACUUCACGCCUGUUGGGGAGAUCAAGGGACACGACAGCCCCAUCAAUGCCAUCUGCACCAACUCGAAGCACAUAUUUACUGCCUCCAGUGACUGCCGGGUAAAGUUAUGGAAUUACGUGCCUGGGCUCACCCCCUGCCUGCCACGACGCGUCCUUGCCAUCAAGGGCCGUGCCACUAGCUGCCUUGACCCGCCUGCUCUCUGGCUCUUUCCUACUCUUUGCUUGUUUGCUUUCUCUCUCUCUCUGUCGCUCGCGUCUUCUUUCUUCUUUCCUGUCCUCUCUUGCACUCUCUCCCCGCCCUGGUCUCAGCUGCUUCUUGACGUGACUUGACAGUGAAGCUCUGGAGCAGGAGAAGGUCACUGAACAGCACAAUCUAGGAGCUGCCAAGAGACAAGUCCUGGGGACUCCUGUAUCCUGAGAGGGGGAAAGGUCUCAGCUUUUUCCCUGGCCAUCAGGCCACUUUGUUUGCAAGGCAUGGGAGUGGUCUAGGCCCCAGCUGGUAGUUCUAACCUCUUGCAGUUUCUGGGACAGAAGACAUCCUGUCUGGUACUUCAUGCCCUACCAGCUCCUGUGAUUGGGGAGCUCUGUGUGGGGUGGUCUGUCCCUUCCUGCCUCCAUGCUGGACCUUCUCAAUGCAUAGAGAUUCCCAGUGACCACAGCUAGAGCCAGAAAUUGCUUCAUAACCAGCAAAGCCAAGAAUCCUGAUGGUAUCACUUCUAUCUGCUCCCUUCUGCCCACAGCUCGUUCAGCACCAGAACAAACCCCCACAUAUCUGUCUGCAGUAGUGAGAUUUUUCCUACAUGUGCAAUGACAUCAUUUUACCUGCACCCUCCUCGCUGUCCCCUGCACCUUUUGGGGGCCUGGGCUCGCUCAUAGUUUUGGGGCUAGUUUCCCUUGGAGCUAUUGAAAAAAAAUCUCCCUGCACACCUAAUUGUCCAGCAGAGCUGGGUUCUGCUGGCUGGUACCAAAACACGGAGAGGACUUGUACAGUGCUCAGAGAUGUCGCGGACUGCCCCAUUGCCAUGUUUGGGAGCAUCCCCAGUACAGAAGUGCUACUGUGGAUGGAGCUACCUCUAGGGACCACCUCCAAGCCAUGUUGCUGUGCCAGGGCUCUGCAGAUCUUUGGACAGCAGAACCUCUCUGUGUCUCUGAAUGAAAUCCAGGGGCCCUGGGUGAUCAGAGACAUCUGAACCUGACAACUAGACCCAAACUCCUAGCUCGUUCUGGGCACUGCCUUUAUAAACAGAAAGCAGGUGGCAGGCCUGAAAAAUGCCUUUCUGACACCUCCAAGGAAAAGUGCAACUAGAAGCUGUAUUCACUGGUGGUCCCUUCAUGCCCAGCAGAGCCUUAAUUGUAUAGUUAGCCAGUUCGAUAGAUCUUGUGCUCCUCGCUGUCUGGUUGGACAUGCAGCUUGGCCACCUCUGCUCUGCACCGGUAUAGCAGAUGCAACCAAGGUCUAUCCCAGCUGCUGCUGGAAAGGGUAUUUCUACUGUUUUUAUAUUGGAUUUCAUAAGCAUUUUUAAUCACCCUCAGUGUUGGGGAACUUGGUAGCUUGGACAAGUGUUAGUGUUGGUGAAAGGAUGAAGAGCCACGUGGUAAAGUUAUUUAGGUACCUGAUUUCUCUCAGCUCUUUGCAUUCUCUCACUGGAGGUUUUUAGAUUUGUUUGGAUUCUUGCUCUCCCAAGGCAUAAGUCUCAGCUCAAGAGGUCUGGGACUAAAGCAGGGCCUGAAGGAUAGGGAGGAGGAAAUGUUAUGGUCAGGAGAGAGGUGUUUUUGCAGAGCUGGUAGGCAGGGAGUGCUCUGGACUGAAAACUGUGCAGGGCUGGUAUGCUGCUGGAGAAGAGUAAGGCCUGAACAAAUGGAGGGGUCUAUCCAGGACAUUGGGAUUACCAUCCAGCUAGGGUGGGGCAGGAGUUGCAUGUUGUUUAUCCACGCUGUUGCUUUAGCACCAGCCAUUAAGUUUGCCCCAGACUUGAGCUCCAUAUGGGACAAAUUCCAUUAGGUUCCUUCACCCCCAUUUUGUCCCUUCCACCAUGUUUGGACUCGCGUUCAUCCUGGGCAUUUGCAGCUUGUUGCCAGCAGCCAUCGCAGGCAUGUAGUGUCCCUUAGACUUAUACUCCCACAAGGAGGCAUAAUCCCCUUCACUGCUAUCUUCUGCUACCUUUGUCUCUCCUCCCCUUCAAACAGCUGGCUACUGUGAGUCCCAGCCCCAUACCGUUGAAACCUGCAUUCGCCAAGGAAGUCUGCAUUCAGCAGCUCAAUGUAUCAUCCUUUUUGCUCUGCCUGAGCUCUUCUUGCAAUGUAGUCGUGAAAUGAGCCAAAGGAAGUCUCAGCAGAUUGGCCCUUUCUUCCUCUGCUCAUCUAGCAUAACCCCAGAUGUCACAUAAGAAGCAGUUUUUUGAUGCUUGCUUUAAGGAUUUAUUCCUGUAGAUGUUUUGUGGGUUGUUGAAGCACUGAUUCUUCUUCCUGUGAUCCCAUCAGCUAUGGACUGCAUGUUCUCCAUUGGUAGGGGUGCCAGGACCUUCAUACUUUUCUCUAAAUUUGUAGGAUAUUUUUCUCAUGGCUUCCCUCUAUGUGGGAACUUGAAGGAGAGCAGCUGCGCGCCUCAUGUUGCAGAUUUGACCUACCUUAAAACUCUUAUGAACAGGACAGGGAAAUCUUCCUGAACUCUAAGCACUGGGGGGGGGUCCUAAAAUAUUUGUUUUGUCUUUAAAAUAUUCAACUGCUGCAUCUUCAUAGAAGGAAAAUGAUGACUUUGUAUUGUUGAGCUCUACAAAAACAUUGCUUCUUCCUUCCCCUGCUGGACAAAUUAAGAAGUAUCCUCAACCUCUGCAUAUCAGCAGGACCAAGGCUGCCUCUGCACUUUGACACAUUGCUCAUGCCCAUUCAGUCUCUGAGCAUCUUGGAUGAGAAGCUCCCAGGUCUUGCCAGAAUCCUGGUUGUGGUGAGAUCCCAAUACAAAAAAGUUGGGUCACUUUGAAUCCAUGUCUCCAAAACCACUCUUUGUUCCCUCAACUCCUACCGCCAGCUCAAGAAAGUGUCUCCAGUUCUGUGUUGGUGCCUGGGAAGAUUUUGGUAUCAGCAUGGAUUGCAGUUACUCACUUGUGCUCUGUUCCACCCACAAAGCUGGUGGUAAUUGGAGAGAAAUACAUCCACGGUCUUCAGGUGGAACAGAAUUAAACAGGCUGGGAAUGGACAGAUGGAUUCUCCAAAUGGUGAGAAGAGUAACAAUACAUGGGACCUUGUCUGAGAAGAGGAUGUGAUGGUGGGCCCUGACCUUUGGGCACUUCAGGAACCUCCUGCCCUGUAUAUGUAAUAGGUGGGUGUUGGGUGGGCAGGGGCCCUGGAUGUUGUCUAGUGUCUUGGACCCCAUUUUCCCUCUGGUUGUCACCCCAUCAUUCACACCUACUCAAGCUGGAUGUCAAAUGGAGCUGCUCUGAUAGAGGAGCAUUUUAUGUGCCCUUUGCCUUACCAAGUGCAGCCAUCUCUAAAAGGGGAUCAGAUGGGAAGGGCUCCAGGCACAGGUAUCUUGGGUUCUGUGGGGUUUUCCUUUAAUCCUCCACGUCCUGCACCAGAUCCCACUGAAAAGUCUCCCAUUGACUUUAGUGGGUUCGGGCCCACACUGGAUAUUGCAGGAGGAAGGAAGCAUCCAGCUGUGUGUUGCAGGGGCAACCUGCUGGGAUUGCCAAUUAUUUUCCUUGCAGCCUGAUCCUCAGCCAUGCUGAGCACUAGGAUGCAUGAUGUGCUGCAGGACCAAGUAUUCAAUGGGUGGAUUGGUCUCAUUCUCUCUUGGCUUAAGGGCCCCACACAUCUCAUGGCUUUCAUCCCGCAGACCUGGGGGAGCUGGUCACAGUGCAUGAAUAAGACCAAGUGGCUCAAAAGAGGGACAUUUUCCCGCAGGCCAGUGCAGGACCUUGGCUUGCACCCAGGCAGCUGGUAUCAGCCACAUGAGUACAUUAAACUGUCCACACCAUCAGGGUCUGCUCCCAUACACUGUGCCGACCCCAUUUUCUGCAGUGACUGCCAGCUCCUCCCUCUCUGCUGGAGAAGCAAAAGCAGGAAGUAAUUGUGUACUGUAAUGCUGUGUGCGUGUGUGUGUGUGUGCGCACCAUGUGCAUGCGUGUGAAAGAAAUGGUUGUUUUUGUUAACCUACCUCACAGAGCUGUUUUUUUGGGGUUUUUUGUAGUUGUUGUUUAUGGUUUUGAAACUUGAAUUUGUCCUGGGAACGCACAGUCUUGCUGAUGCAUUUCUGAGCCAUUGCUUGUGGCUGGGGGGGGAGCUUUAAUUCCUUUAUGAUACUGUAGUUCAGCACAUUUUGGAUCUGAUAAGCCAGCCCUUGUUCUACGCUGCAGGAGGAGCCACUGUUUAAAUGAGCCCUUCACACAGAAUCUUAGCCUUGCAACACAUAGCAGACUAGCAAUAGCUCUUUGGGUGCUCAAACUGAGACACUUCCUGGGCUCCUGAUCUUCAGAAGGUGGGUGCUAGGCUCUCCCUGGAAAUCAAAACCUUUUAAGAGUGUCUGAGGCAGAGCACUUCAGCUCAUCCACAGCUUGUGAAAAUCCUGACCCCGAGUCUCAUGUUGCGUCUCCUGGGCUUGGUCUAAAAAUGGCUCAGAUGAGUGCUCUGAGGCAGUGUGGUGGGAUGUGGGGGCAGGGGUCAACAGACCUCUUGGCCCAACAAUGAUGCUGCCUCAUUCACAGACGGUUUCUGCCUGGCUUCCUCCUUCUGAAAGUGCUGACUUGGCAAUCCAGAAGCAGCCUCUGCCAUGGUGCAGGAGGAGGCUGUUUCAACCGAAGUCAAGGUAUUGGAAAGUGAGACUCUGCAUCUUGAGUGCGUGGUCCCUCUCCCCCUCUCAGUCCCUCCUUCCUUCACAUUCCCAUAGUCACUGCAACCACCCAUGAAUGGUGUUUUGUCUGGCAAAAUUCAGUAAGAAUAUAUUUGCUAUUUGGCUUUGGGUAACUUUUUCCUAACAAGAGCCUGCUAUGGCACUGUACCUGCCACCCCGCUAGGACCAGGAGUAAGGAGGCAGACAAGAAAUCAAGUGUGUUAUAUGGCUCUGCUUGGUUCAGUCAGUCCCAAGCAGGAGCUGUUUCCUAGCUGCUAUGCUAGUUCCCUUGUCUCCUAACGUCCUUCAGUUCAACCAAAAUAUCCUCCCUUACCUGGGGCAGGUGGUGAAAAUUGUCAGAGCUUCAUCAAUGGAGCCAGAAUAGGUGACCCCAGCUGAAGACCUGCUACCUGGGCCUCACUGCAAGGUUCACAAGCCUCUCAUGAAAAGAGCAGGUCUAGGAGUGUCAUGAAGCUUUGCAAAGGGAGUAAGGGCAGCUUCAUGCCACACAGCCAGUUCAGAGGAAUGGGACUUCCCCAACCUUGCAUGCUGCACCUUCUGGAGGUGGCUUUUGGAGCCGGUCACCUCAUUGCCUCCAACACCAGCUCCAGGCUGCUAGAUUUGAUCCUGCUUCCAGACUAGAGGGGGAAGCAGAGCACAAAUGCAGUUGCCCUAAGGUUAAAAAUGAGCAUUUGGGAGGAAGGACAGGCCAAAAUAAGUGUUUCCAUGCAGACUCAUCAAAGGACAAUGACUGACAGCAAAGGCAAGCCUUCAGGGGAAGGAAAAGAAAUGGAAAGGUUGGCAUGUACAGCAGACUCACAGAAUGGGUGAUCUGGGACAAUCUAUAUGUAGAUCUGCAUCUAUAUAGGGGAAGCAGGUAACAAGCCUGGGACAUCGUACAGCCAUGAGAUUUCCUCUGCUGGUGCCAGGGCCAUCUUUAGCCCUGCACCUUGCAGACUUAGAGAACACAGUGUGACUUGUACCCACUCCCAGCCAUCUUGUGAUGUGAUAUAUGCAGGGAGCAGUUUCCCAGGACCCAAUCAUGACUUUGCUGUCUGCCUUAACUGCAUGCAAGUUGGACAAACCCAGAGAGGUGAUGAGCCUCAGGGUCUGGGGCACACUCCUGCUUGCUCUUGUAACUCAUACUUGUCCUUAUUGCUUCUGAGUCUCUUUACUUCACUCUUCCUGGACCUGCUCUUUCAUCUGAAGCCAUCCAAGUACAGAAUUGAAGAGAGUGUUGGCUUCCUUCAUCUCCUCCCUGCGGACUGAAGUUUUGCAGCAUGUUUGAUUAUGGGGUGGUUGAGUGCUGGGAGCUGCACCAAGCCCUGCUUGUGGCUGGCACGGAUGGUUACAUGAAGAGCAGGUGGCAGGGACCGCUGCAUCUCCCCCUUCUUUCUCAGCACAGGCUAUUGUGCUGUCCUGGAGCUGGGACUUGCUCCAUCCCUCCCAGGUGCACUGGAGGGGAAAGGAUCCCUUCCCCAUGGCUCUACAUCAAGCACAAUGGAGCCAGGGCAUGAGCCCUGCCCUUCUAAUCCAUGGUGUUAUGGCACAAGGUCUUGCUCAGGAGCAGUCUUCUGGUCUUGACUAGCUUUGGGAGGAGUCAGGGCCUUUGACUUGGAUCCAGGGGGGUCUCUGCCCCAUGACUCCUCCCAUGGGAUUUUAGAGCACAGCAGCAACCCCCCUUCCCUGUGGAUGUUCUCUGACCCUGGCAUCAAGCAGUGCCAUGAACAGGGGCCAGGGGACUCCUCUGGGAAGUGCUUGGCAUCAGGGAGCCGAACUAGUACCUUCAUGUUGAAGGUGGUAUCUUGGAAGUCUUCAAUGUGGCCAGCACUGCUCAUCUCCCAGGACUCUGCUUUCCUCCUCAUUUUACCGGGUGGAGAAGCGCUGUCCUGCCUCUGUGUAUGCUGCCUCCAUUCCUGGUGUGCCUCAUGCUGGGCAGUGAUCCAGGACCAACCCCCUGAAAGCACAAGAUUCAGAUUGUUUGAACAGGUGACCUGACUCCCAGGCUGCAUCUUCUCAUCUCCUUCCCCCUAUCCACUCUCUUACUGCCCAUUUAUUUCAUCCUCUGAAUGCUCCUCACCACUGUUUCUCUCUUGGGAAAACUGGGUUUGGAGGCCCAGGCGUGGUGGAGGAAUGAACUUCAUCACUGGCCCUUGGCCAGUACCAAGCUGAGAAACCAUCCUGAGUCGGUCUGACCCCAGGGAAGGUUCUGUCCCAGCAGGCCACUCCGUGAAGUUCUGCCAGUGACUUCCUUUAGUUUUCCACUCUGGAGGUCCAGCGGGCUUUGCAGGCCAGCUUGGUCUCCAACCUGGAGAUUUGUUCACCUCACACUACAGCACUGCUUGAUGUUGAGAUCUUGGUGAUAGGAUAACCCUGCUGCUGCCUGGCAUUUCAUGUGUGGGCUGGAAGCCCUUUUAAGUAGCCCCACACACAGCCCUAGACACCGAAGACAGAACAGGCUCAGCAACAGGAGACUGACUCCCCCCAUCGCCCUGUCUCAACUGUAUAAAUGUUGCCAAUAGCAGGUGCCUUUUCUGGCCCUGAGGUGUUUUUAUAGAGGCCAGCCCUUGCUCAAAUUUUCAUUUCUUGGGGUUGUAAGACCCUGCGGAUCCAUCUGUGUGUUAAGCAUAGCACAAGGUAUGUGUAUAUAUUUUAUACUGUAAGGUAUUCCUGUAAAUAGGGUAAGGUAUUGAAGCCUCAUGAUGUACAUGGUUUUCCAAUGGACGUGUUUGUUCCUUGCCUUUGUCUUCAUAAAUAAAAUGCAUCAAAUGGAAA